UUGAAGGACGAAGCCAGAAGAUGAGAUCCAGCCUGGUGCCGGCCGCUCUUCUCUGCUUCACCACAUGGAUGAACGUUGUCCAUGCAACCCAUGCACCGGUAUCCAGCUGUUGUCUCGGGUGGUCUGACACAAAAGUCAACCCGAAGCGUAUUGUGAAUUACACCUUUCAGACUGAAGGCGUCUGUUCAAUCACAGCCGUAGUGUUUCAUAGCAAGCAGGGAGCGAGCAUCUGCUCCGACCCUAAGAGUGCCUGGGCAAAAAAUGUAAUUCUGAAGGUGGACAAGGAGAGAAAACAAAAAACGGCCUCGCAAGUGACGGCACGGAAUGAAGAAGGACUGACAAGCGAUGACACACCAACAGUGUCCCUGCCAUUAAAAACUACACCAAAGAAGAAAGGCAGAAAUGGAAGAAGACGCCAGAAGAAGAAGUCCAGGGGAAGGAAGAGGGGCCAGAAGAAAUCUGUGUGAGGAAUCACGAGACAAUUCAAAGUUGCAAACAUUCAGCAAACAAGUUGUACUUGUCCUGCUAUAUUCUAUGAAUAGUAAACAACCGGGAAACAAAAAAAGGCCUUUUUAUAUUAUUGUAAUGUAUAUUUAAAUAUGAUCUUGUCAUCAUAAAUAUGUGUAUGUCAAAGGAGCAUAAUGUUUGACCUUUUCCAGUCG